UCCAGCGGAGCGGAGUGCCGCGCAGAUGCAGACUAGACCUCGAGGCUCCCUUUGGGGCCGCCAGCUGCGCCACCGUCGCCACUUUCGUACUCUGCUGGGAGGUCCAGCGGAGCGGAGGGACGCCGCAGCCAUUUUGGCUCCAGCUAUUUCGAACUCCAUCCCGUCCUCUGCGCCGCCCAGGCAGGGCCCCAUCGCCUCGGCUUCUUCCUCCCAGUCGCCAGCAUGGCCCUCUUCCUCGCCGCCGCCGUCCUUCUGGCCGCCCCCGCGGCCGUCGCCGCGCAGGCCGCCCCCGACCGCCGCCUGCGCGGGGCCACCGGCGCCGAAGCGGCCGGCGACGGCCAGGCCGCCGCCCUGGCCAGCGACCCGCUGUCGCAGCUCGCCGGGCUCUUCUCGGCCCUGGACAGGGACGGCGACGGCGCCCUGUCGCCGCUAGAGGUCGCGGCGGGCGCCGGGGCCGCGCAGGGGCUCGCCGCGGACCUCUUCGGCGCGGCGGACGCGGACGGCAGCGGCGCCGUCGGCCUGGAGGAGCUUGGCGCCCUGGCGGAGGCGCUGCAGCGGCGGCGGGCCCGUGCGGGGGCGGGGCGCGGCUGGGAGGGCGCGCUGCUGAAGCGCGCGGCGGCGCCGCGUGCCGUUGCCGAGGAGGCGCCGGCCCAGGCGGCGGAGGGGGCGCUGGAGGAGGUGCUGAACGGGAAGGACCUGUGGACCCCCCACAACGGGUGCGAGAUGUACACGCUGCGCACCUGCGGGGCUCCCCUGUUCCCUGGGUGGCACGAGCGCCGAUGCCCGGACCCAGUGUCCACCUGCAACGACGACGGGGACUGCGUGUGCCCCGACGGGUACUGCUCCUCGACCCGCAUGGGCUUCUGCGACAGGUGCGACGACUGGAGCAGCGGCGCUGACGUCGGCAACUCGAGCUGCAUCCACACCGGCGCUGAUAUGGUGCCCUACCCGCACGAGAUGGUCCGCUAAGGAGUGGUUUGACCCGCAUGUUCGCAGUCCUGCUUCGCGUGAUGCGACGCCUGACGCGUGCUCGUCGCCAUGUGCGAGGCGCUGCCCCCGACUUCACCUCGCAGUCGUGUCUCGCGUGCAGCGACGACUGACUGCAUGCUCGGCCGCCAUGCGAUCGAGGCGCAAGGGGCUGCCCGCACCGAAUUCACUGGCGCCUCUUAGUACGGACGCUUGAUAAUCAGAGCGACGUCUUGUUUCGGCUGACGCCUACCAACAUUGGCUUGCUGCUGCCAGCCGCGUGCCCGCUCGCGCCUGGCCUGCGCCGAGCUCGCCACAGGAGGCCCCGAGGCCCCGUGGGAGCCACGGCUGCCGUGCGACCGACUCGGCGGGGGGCGCCGCGCCGCCGAUGCCACGAGUGCGGCCCAACCGCGGCCAGGGCGGCGUGGCGCCUCUGGCGGAAGAUCCCGCCUCAAGGCGGCCAGGCCUUUGCGACGCCGAUCUCCCCGAUGGGGUCCUUGACGCCUGGGGAGCUGGAGCUGUCUUUACUGUCGCGAGUCGGGGGCAUGGGCGCCCAUCCCCGCAAUGCUCGGGGAACGAGGGUUCCGUGGCAGUUCUGUUCCAAAGAAUCUGUCAUUUUCCGCACGUGCAUGGUUCCGACGCCACCGCCCACCUCCCUGUCCCCGUCUGCGCCCUCCCUCUCCCCCGUCCCGCGCCCGCGUCAGGCUCGAGUGCCGCAGAGGUCGUAACGACGCGUUGCUGCCUCGACCCGUCGCGGGAUCGGUUAUCGGUUGGCCGUCCUCUUGCGCGACGGGCGCUGUGGGUCGGAGUAACAAAUCUCUGAUGGCGCAACGUCUGAUCAGCGCAAGCAGGAGCAAUUUUCGGCAAUGCGGCCAUAGAGUCUCGCGAGGAGCGUGAAGCUCCUACUCGCUUGCCUGCCUGUCUCGAGGAGCAAAACCCAGCAGAGCGGAGUGCCGCGCAGAUGCAGACGAG